ACAGUCUUUCAACAGUGAAGCUAAAGGUGAAACCUGGAAGACUCUGAAAAAAGACUUGGACCAAAACAGGGGUUUUUUUUUGCCUUUAUUUUGGUUUUAGUUUGUUUGAAACUUUUUUUCUUUUUUCUUCAUUUACAAAAAUAAAUAAAUAAAUAAAAAUAAAAUAUAAAAAAAAAGGGGGAAAUGUAGAUUAUCAACGCGCAGGAUGGAAAUGUGAACGUUUUGUAAAACCCAAAUUUACUGGCUGGACAGAUACGAACGUGUUCCUUUACGGACUUCAAUCGAGUCUAACAAACGCAGGCUUAAAAACUCUGAAAGACCAAAACUGAUGCCUCAUUCCGUGUCGUGAAAAAGAAGGUACUGGAUUUGUGGAUUUAAAAAAAAAAAAAAAAAAUUAUAACAAAAUUUUCUUUUCUGAAAACACAAAAAUGAAUGGCAGCUGCGAUCUCCACAACUCACUCCUCCUCCAGCCAGUGUGGGAUCCAAUCAGGCGUCGGCAGGACCUCCUGCUCUCCAACCUUUUCCCAGCAUGCUUCUCCUUCGUGGCCAAUGUCUCCCUGUGCCUCCCCUUCGCUGCGUUGGACUGCCUGGGGUCGCGGUGGCCGUGGCUGAGGCGCAAUAAGCUGCAUGGUUUGGGUCCCGUGAGUCCCACGGCGUGGUGGGGCUGCCUCGGGAGGGUGGCGUGGAACCAGGUGGUCUGCAUCCUUCCCACGACCCUGCUGUCGCACUACCUCCUCCGACCCCCUUCCAGCCUGCCUCCAGCGGCCCCGUCGUGCCUCAGGUUCCUGGAGGAGGUGGUUCUGUGUCUGCUCCUGUUUGACACCAUGCACUUCAUGUUUCACAUGCGGAUCCACAGGGUGUCCUGGCUUUUUGUGAAGAUCCACAGAGUUCACCACGAAGUGCAGGACCCCUUUGCCCUUGCAGCGCAGUAUUCCAGCCACUGGGAGGUGCUGUUCCUGCAGGACUUCGCCAUCUCCAGCACGGCUCUGCUGGGCUGCCACCCGCUCAGCGAGGUGACCUUUCACCUCCUCAACAUCUGGCUGUCUGUGGAGGAUCACUGUGGCUAUGACCUGCCCUGGGGCACCCACCACCUGCUGCCCUUUACCCUCUUCGGAGGUGCUCCCUUUCACACCAUCCACCACCAGCGCUUCAGAGUGAACUACACCCCCUAUUUCACCCACUGGGACCGGAUCUUUGGGACCUAUAUGGCCCCCCCCACCACCGCUAAAAAAGUAGGUGUGCAACCGGGACCCCCAGUUCACCGAAAGGACUCUUUUUAAAGAAUGUU